GGAAAGUGAGCCGGACUCCUACCCAGCCCUGGUGGGACGCAACGCUGCAGGUUUGUCGGAGGUAGUCGUGGCGACCCUGGUAGCCGAGGACAUGGGAGGCUUAAAGAGGAAACAUUCUGAUUUGGAAGAGGAAGAAGAAGAGGCUGAGAAGUGGGACUGGAGUCCAACAGCUCUUUGGAGCUACCAGCAAGCCCUGCUCCGAAUCUCUCUGGACAAAGUCCAGCACAGCCUGGGCCCCAGAGCACCCAGCCUCCGUAGGCACGUCCUUAUCCACAACACACUCCAGCAGCUCCAGGCUGCCAUCCGCCUGGCUCCUGCACCAGCCCUGCCCCCAGAGCCUCUCUUCCUAGGUGAAGACGAUUUCUCCCUGUCUACCACCAUUGGCUCUAUCCUCAGGGAGCUGGAUACAUCCAUGGAUGAGAUGGAGCCGCCACUGAAUCCAACAGCUUCCUCAAAUCCCCAGAGUGAGAUCAUGUCCCAGGCUGAUCCUGUGUUCUUAGAAGCUCUGAGCUCCCGGUAUCUGGGAGACUCUGGCCUGGAUGACUUCUUUCUGGACAUUGAUACAUCUGCCGUGGAAAAGGACACUGCGCUUCCACCACCAGAGCCACCUCACAGCCUCUUCUGUACCCCGGGAUCCUGGGAGUGGAAUGAAUUGGACCACAUCAUGGAAAUCAUCCUGGGAUCCUAAAACGGAUGGGAUCCUUCCAGACAUCAGCCUCAGUGCGCUGAGUCCUUAGAUGGGACUCUCGUAUGUGUGUUUGGCAGAGGCUCUAAACAGUGACCGUGUGGCCUCCUUUCCUCUUUAUGUCAGGAUUUCACAAACUGUCCUGCAUGUGUACGCGUCUGGAUACCACAGCCUUCUGUGAAGGCGUGUCUUCCUGAAUUAAUUUAUCUCUUCCAAAUGCCUUAAGGAGACUCUUGUUUCAGGGAGUCUUGAUUCCUCACUUACACAUUUCUUCUGCCUCCAGUUCCCACUGCUCUUAUGACCACUAGGGUCUCAGAGAAGAUAAAACUGGACCUGUCGAAGAGUGAUGGGUGGGCUGCCUCUCCAGGGAGGGGGAGGGGCUGGUCUCCUCCAGGCAGGCUCAACCUCUUGGCAGGACCCCAGUCCCAGCAGCCUCCUGAUUCAUAACCAGGCCGGACCAUGUGCAAUAGGGCAGAAAUCUACCAGCUCCAUGCCAUGCUACUUAAGAAGAAAGAGAAGGUGGGGUUUGUGGUGGCAUUUGUUUGUUUGUCUGUUUUGAUUAUUUUUUUGAGUGAAGUUUUCUUUGUUGUUGUUCUUGGUUUUUGUUUUUCUAAUAAAAGCAUUGUGGAAAGAUUGGAAUUGUAA